AGCAGUUAAGAUAGCAUUGUUAGCGAAAGUGGAAUUCAUACGUAACUGGGAAAGUUACGUAAGGGCACUUUAGUGUAGUUCCAGCGAUCUCAGACAGACAAGAACCUGGUACAAGCACUCAGGCAGCCAGGUUACAAAGAUAGAAAGAAAGACAUUUUAGAGAGACUGAGGCACUUAGGCUUCAGCUGGGACUUCAGGAGGGAUUGUUUUUCAGAUGUUGGAGACGAUUUAAAACCAGAAGAAAAUCCAGAGGAGACCUUGCCAGCAGAUAAACACACAAGGCAUAAAGAGUGACGAGCAUGUGUCAACAGUGAAAAGCAGGAAAAGAUUUACAGAGAGCUGGAAUUUAUACUGCGAUCAACCGUGAAUGUUUGACCAAGGACUAGAAGUCAUCAGAUAGAGGAGCUGCUGAAGACAAUACCUCAGGAGGAACAAACACACUCACAUUUUGGCCUCUGUUUUUUUUGUUUUUUUUUGGUUUGCUUGACUAACUCAACGGCAGUCAUGUCGGGGGAAGAAAAGUUGUCCUACAGCGAAGCCAUACAGAGGGCGAGCAGCUCCAUCUGUCGCUUUCCUCUCAUCCCAGUCAGAGGAAUUCCUCUCAUGAACCACAUCGCAAACAACUGGGACUCCAUCUGGGCUUUCCGUCCUGACCCCUCAGACCUCCUCAUCGCCACAUACCCCAAAGCAGGCACCACAUGGACUCAAGAAAUAGUCGACCUCCUUCUUCACAACGGAGAUGCUGAAGCCUGCAAAAGAGCCCCGACACCGGCCCGCAGUCCUUUCCUGGAGAUCUUCUCCCCCUCACCCAUCCCCUCAGGUCUUGAUCUUAUGAAGGACAUGGAUCCUCCAAGAAUCAUCAAGACACAUCUUCCUUUUCAGUUGGUGCCUCCUGGAUUUUGGGAAAACAAGUGCAAGACUAUCUACGUGGCACGAAAUGCCAAAGACAACAUGGUGAGCUACUACUUCUUUGAUUGUAUGAAUCUGACCCAGCCUGAGCCAGGACCCUGGGAGGGCUACAUGCCCAAGUUCAUGCACGGAGAAUUGUCGUGGGGCUCCUGGUAUGACCACGUGAAAGGAUACUGGAAGGAGAGAGAGAAGAAGAAUAUCCUGUACCUCUUCUAUGAGGACAUGAAAGAGAAUCCUCGGCGUGAAGUGGAGCGCAUCAUGAGGUACCUGGACUUGUCUCUCUCUGACGAGGUCAUCAGCCGGAUUGUGGACCUCUCGUCUUUCGAGAAAAUGAAGGAGAACCCGAUGGCCAACUACUCCUGCAUCCCAGGGCUUGUUUUCGAUCACUCCAUCUCCUCCUUCAUGAGAAAAGGUGAAGUAGGUGAUUGGACAAACCAUUUCACACCCGAGCAGUCAAAGAUCUUUGAUGAGGAUUAUGAAAAGCAAAUGAAAGAAGUCGACAUACCAUUCAGGAGCCUCAUCUGAUUUUUCUUUCAAACUGAUGCAUCCCUGUAAACCAAAGACCGACGCAAUGACACUGUGAAGCGCUCAGACGGCAGAAAUACUGACACAAGCUAAGACCAAAAAAAAACAAAGUUAAUUAGUUUGAUCGUGGAUAUUAAACACAACGUUUUGUAAUCACUGGAAAACCAUCCAAAUGUAUGUUUAAAGAAUCAAUAAAAAUGUACUCCACAAUUCAA